UAUUGGCCUCUAGCUGCUCCGUUACCUUUUCCCUACUAAGCGUUAAGUAGCUGGCCCUCACAUGUGACUUCUGUCCUCGGAGACCUUGGCUGUAAGAGUGCACCAGCUGACAAGCGUACACUUCAUUGCUGCAGGGUGUUGGUGUCAGUCAGCUGGGAGCGCAGCAUAGUGGGCUUAAAGAGCAAACGUAACGAUGCAGGCACACGAGAUCCUCAGAAACCUCCGGAUACCAGAGCUGGGAGAUGUACGGCAGUAUGUGCGGACUCUGCCCACCAACACCUUGAUGGGCUUUGGUGCCUUUGCAGCUCUAACAACAUAUUGGUAUGCAACAAGACCCAAGGCUCUGAAACCCCCGUGUGACUUGGCCAUGCAGUCUGUGGAGACACAGGGAGGUGAACACGCUCGCAGAUCCACCAUUCUGGAUAGUGAUGAGGUGAUCACAUAUUAUUAUGAUGAUGUUAAAACAAUCUAUGACAUUUUCCAAAGAGGGAGACGGGUAUCAAAUAAUGGACCUUGCUUAGGACAUAGGAAACCAAAUCAGCCAUAUGAAUGGAUUUCUUAUAAAGAGGUGGCAGAAAGAGCUGAGUAUGUUGGGUCUGCGCUGCUGCACAGAGGGUUCAAACCUUCACCGGAUCAAUUUGUGGGCAUAUUUGCACAAAACAGACCAGAGUGGACAAUUGUGGAACUGGGCUGCUACACAUACUCCAUGGUGGCUGUGCCCCUGUAUGACACUCUGGGAGCUGAGGCAAUAACAUACAUCAUUAACAAAGCUGAUCUCUCAGUGGUGUUUUGCGACUCGCCAGAGAAGGCAAAACUCUUGUUGUCCAAUGUUGAAAAGGGAGAAACACCAGUGCUCCGCACCAUUGUGCUCAUGAAUCCUUUUGACAAUGAUCUUGUUGAGAGGGGAAAGAAAUGUGGUGUUGAAUUGGUCAGCUUGAAGGAUAUAGAGGAAGAGGGAAAGGCAAACAGAGAAAAACCAAAGCCUCCCAAACCAGAUGACCUAGCAGUUGUUUGCUUCACAAGUGGGACAACAGGCAAUCCGAAGGGGGCAAUGCUAUCACACAAGAACAUUGUGAGCAACAGUGCAGGUUUUAUGAAAGUAACAGAGAAUAUGCUUACUAUGAACGCCAAUGAUAUACACAUUUCCUAUUUGCCAUUGGCACACAUGUUUGAAAGACUUGUGCAGUGUGUAGUGCUUUGCCAUGGCGCUCGGAUUGGAUUCUUCCAAGGAGACAUACGGCUGCUCAUGGAUGAUCUCAAAGUUUUACAACCCACAAUAUUCCCUGUAGUGCCCCGACUGCUGAACAGAAUGUUUGACAGAAUCUUUGGGCAAGCCAAUACACCUGUAAAGAGAUGGAUGUUGGACUUUGCAUCUAAGAGGAAGGAAGCUGAACUUCGCAGUGGUAUUGUCCGAAAUGACAGUUUCUGGGACAAAAUCAUAUUUCACAAAGUACAGGCUAGUCUUGGUGGGAAGGUACGACUCAUGGUCACUGGAGCUGCACCUGUCUCUCCGACUGUAUUAACUUUCUUACGGGCAGCACUCGGCUGUCAGUUCUAUGAAGGAUAUGGACAGACUGAAUGCACAGCAGGAUGCUCUCUGACUAUUCCAGGAGACUGGACAGCAGGUCAUGUUGGGGCACCAAUGCCCUGUAAUCAUGUAAAGUUGGUGGACGUUGAAGAAAUGAAUUACUUUGCAUCAAAGGGAGAGGGUGAGGUUUGUAUCAAAGGGUCAAAUGUUUUUCAAGGGUAUUUAAAAGAUGAUGAGAAAACUGCAGAGGCCUUGGACAAGGAUGGAUGGCUGCAUACCGGAGAUAUUGGCAAAUGGCUACCAAACGGCACUCUUAAGAUUAUAGACAGAAAAAAACACAUCUUUAAGCUGGCACAGGGGGAAUACAUUGCACCAGAGAAAAUCGAAAAUGUCUACACUAGAAGCGAGCCGGUGGUACAGGUUUUUGUCCAUGGAGAGAGUUUACAGGCAUUUUUAGUUGGUAUUGUGGUGCCAGAUCCUGAUAACGUAAUGAACUGGGCGAAAAAAAGAAAAUUUGAGGGCUCUUAUGAAGAGUUAUGCAAAAACAAGGAUUUCAAAAAUGCUGUUCUUGAAGAUUUGCUGAAGCUUGGCAAAGAAGCAGGGUUAAAAACAUUUGAACAGGUAAAAGAUAUUGCUUUGCACUCUGAAAUGUUUGCAAUUGAGAACGGCUUGCUGACGCCUACACUGAAAGCUAAGCGGCCAGAGCUGCGGAAAUACUUUAAGGACGAAAUUGAUGAACUGUAUGCUAAUAACAAGGUUUAACUACAAAAAUGACUUCAGCGAAUGCCCAGCUCCAUUAUAUCACCAGUUAACUAUUCACAACAGCAGACAGUGAUAUCGCUCAUAGGAAUAGUGCGACAUGAUCCCUAAAAUGCCUUACAGGUCACCUGUACUGUAACACUUGCUGGGUGAUCUAGAAUAUACAAAGUAGGCCUUAUGGUGAAAAGGACUGCUAGCUUCCGUCUGAUUGGACAUGGCUUGGACUUACCAAUUCCUCAUGUAAUUCUCCCCACUCUUGUCUUUUUGUCUCCCUCCAUUUGUAUGCUGCAUUCUGAUGUCUGGUGUUUCUCCUAAAAUUGAGUCACCCACAAUCACUGUUUGGCUUAUGAUGAAGCACAUGCUGUAUAUCCUGGAUACAAAGUACAGAAGAAUACUUUUAAUUUGAGAGAUGUGGGAAAAGAACCAGUGCUUCCCCUUGUAGAUCUACCAGUGUAAAGUAGAAAAUUCCUAAAGAUGACUCUGGUUGAAGACUGCAAAGUCCUUGUUAACCAGUCUCCUUGCCAGCGCCAGCAACUUGUGUGCAUGUAUAUACACUAAACAGACCAUGCAGUGGGCCCUUACUCUGCAAGUGAAAUUGUAGCUUUAAGCACAUGUUUUUUUCCCAUCAAACAAUGAAUAAUCACACUAAAUUAUAAGCCUUUUAAAAAUGGGAGGAUUUAGUAAUUUUUCCAGUUUUUCAAAAAAAGAAAAGAAAAAAAAAAAAGAAAAUUCACUGUCUACACACCAAUGAUCUUCUGUAAUUUGCACGCACAAUUUUCUUCCCCAUAAUUUAAGAAGUGGGAAUUUACCUUUCAGUAUCUUUAGAAAGCUGCUACAGCCUGCAAUGGUUUUGUACACUGACCUGCAAGAACUCCAAGUGCAAUUACUGCUGAUGGUUCUGGCAGCAGCCUUUGAAAUGUCAGGGUUUAAUACAGUAAGAGUUUUUGGGGGAGGGGGCGGGUCUGCAUUUUCAAUGAGAAGACUUUCAAGUUGAUCACAAGGGAGUUUAAAUAUUCAAAAGCACAAAAAUGGUUUUGCACUAUAUAAAGCCUGUGUUAUAACGAUGCACUGUAGGAUAGGGGGAUAUCUGGUCUGUUGCACAGAUACCAAAAUUUUUAUCCAAAUGGAAUGUGACUUGUUCAACUGAAAUAUAAAUGUUUGCUUAGCAGUUGUGGGUUCUACUGUACAGAUGAUAACAUUUUUAUGUCUUUUCCCAUCUCUUCAAAGAAAUGAAGGAAACCAAAAUAAAUAAUGAAAUUGUA